AUGCCCCGCAGAGAUCAGCAGAGGGACCAGCUCACACCGAUCUACGACACUCGGACCAAGACCACCAAAUACCAUGAUUACUUCUCUCUCAUGGCCCACUUCAACAUUGACUCCACGCGGAGUAAGCACUAUGACACGGAUCUCCCAGAAGACCAGCGGAUAUCCUUGUUUUCUGCUAAGCUGGAAGAGCUUCAGGCUGGCAACGAUCACGGAGUGUUUCUGUCUCUCUGUGACGACGUGAUGCUCAACUAUAGACUGUUGGUGCAGGUUUUGUAUGAUCCAGAUGGUCUCUUUUCCAUUAUUGAGAAUGCCUUAAAUGCGCUAACACUCGAGGAUCCUAAUAGCUCGGAUUUCAUAGCAAGCAAGACCGUUUAUUUGAGCAUCAUUCGCGCGCUGCCUGACCUUUUCCGUGACCUGGGGCCUAGUAAUAAGCACUUUAUUCUCACAAGCCUCACACUUUUACGUCUCAAUGGCGUGUGCAAGCAUCCAGAGUUAUUUGUGGGGGCAAUUCAAAGCCUACUUCUUUCUCUGAAGUAUCUAGGCGGGGCCAUACCCGAGGGUAUUUGGGGUGCAAUUCUCUCCUAUGUGGAACAGAUGGAGCGUAUGCUAUGGCCAGGCUUGGCGGAGAUACCAGCGUAUCUUGUCAGAGUUCACUCCCGCCACGACGACUGUAUGUCUGAGAUCUUCACGUCGAUCGCCGGGCCCCUUGAGUCAACAAUGGCUAAUCUAGUACUUCUUCUAGCGUGCCGCCACCCUGACGGAACCCUGCAUAGUCGUUUUGAUAUCAUUAUUGGCUCCUAUUUCUCUAUCCCGAAGUCAGAUACCGAGAACUGGCUUGUUGAUCUAACCACGCUCUUCGCAGAGGCAGAAAUGGAUUCAUCUGCACUAUCACAGGUUAUUCUAUCUAUUACUGGACACGCACUGAAACUGCUGUCAGACCCUUCUCAGCAGCAUGAGACUCAAAACGCACUACUCUCUCUUGCAAUGUUCUACCCCAAUAAGAUGACGUUUUCCGGUAUUAAUGACCUUUAUCACUUGAUUGUGGCGAACAAAGAAGCUUUGAAUAGGAGCCUUUACUUACUGACUUUGUGCUUGUUGGCUAUCUCUACCUCUCUCCACGCAGAAUGCAAGGAUGACUUAGUAGCAACCUUUUUCAAACAGUUUCAUGCUGACCUAUGCAAUUAUAACGUGUUCUACUCUCUCUAUGUCAUGGUUCAGGACUUUUCAAGGCACCACAAACGGGACAUCUUUAUAGACACAUUCAAAAGUGUGUACAGCUCUUCUCUUUCAGAGGAUCACUCCCCGUACAUUCGUCUUUACCUUUUCUGCGAAGGAGUCUGUGAUUCGCCCUCCGGUUCAGAACUCGACGCAAUUGUAGAAGCAAUCGAAAGGGACUUUGUCCAUGAGCUGGAGAACGAAACAGGAUCUAUGUUGUGCACUGUCCUAGCCUGUCUAUAUUCGCGCUCGUUGCUCAGUAGAAAGCAUACGCAAGCGCUGCAGUCUCUCUUGCAAAGCAUUGAUGCAUCGUAUUUGAAUAUGCUUUCUGUAGGCAGAAUAGCUAAGAAGCCCGCGGUGCUUACAACGCAAGGUGCUCUUAUCACCACCCUGCUUUCUCUAUUAAUUCAGGUCACCCCUGGUUCACCAGAGUACUUCUUUACAUUACUCGAGUCUAUCGUCUCCAUCCAGUACGACUCUCUUUUCGACGUUCUGGCAACACGGCUGGCUGGUGCUUCGCUGGACGAGCUAUAUGCAACCCUUUUAAACAGCGAACUACCUUUAAUCAUGCUGACAUCUCCCAAUGGUGUCAUGAGACGAUCGAUGUUGAAGAUAGUGAGUUUACUCGGGGGUGCCUCACGCGGGUUUGCUAUUAUUGGUCAGUAUGCCAGCCUCUUUCCCCUUACGAAUGUUUUUGAAGUCCAGCAUAUAAUGACACAGUUGCAGAAGCAGCUGUUAGGCUUCCUGGAGGUCUCAUCUGCUAAGGCCAACGACGACUCUGCCAGGGUAAUAUCCAUCGUUGCAGCGGCGACAUGUGGACUUCUCUACAUGCGCUUUGCACCUGUAGCCGACGGCGCUAUUGACUUGCUGCGUUUAUUUGCCGAGAUGCGUCCGGCAGAAGUCUCCUACGUGUUCGAGCGCUAUCUCUGGAAAUUCGUAUUCGAGCUUACUGCUUAUGAGGUCAAGAACCCUGUGUUUGAACUGAUUCAUAACUUCUCUAUGGAGGCAGAGUACCCUUAUCCCUAUACGUUAGAUGGCCAAGAUGAUCAGGGAGCAGAGGAGCGGGUAUAUCGCUCUGACAAUAAGUUCCGUGCCAGAAUCAUGACGGCUGAGCGGGAGCAGAUUGCUGUCCGCCUCAAUUUGCUCGUUGACAAGGCUACAGUUCGAUCAACCCAUCUAUUGACUAGUAAGGUGGUUGCACAGCUUCUACUGGGAAUAAAUACGAUUAAGUACAUAGGCGUUAACACGAUUCUUCCCUCGGAGAGUUUGAAGAUUGUGACACUUCUUGCUGAAAAGGCGAUUUGGAUGACACACUUCACUAAUAUCUUUUCCGAUGCUUGUGUGUGCGGGCUGAUCGCCGCCUAUGUUAAGCGUAUUAACCUUGGAAACACUAGUGAAGGCUAUGAAGGCUCUGAGAUUCAUUCCCGUUCAAUGGACCUAAUGAGCAAGCUUUUUUGUCUCUUGGCAGACCGCAUUGUAGAUGAUUCGCGCGCUAAAUUAAUGGGAGCGAUUAAGCUCGUCUUCUCUACUGCCUCGCUAGAGUACAUGGUUCCUAACUGCGUAAUUCUCUACUACUUCUUGACUAAGGCCCCCUUCAUUCACGUAUUGGGACGCAUGGCCAAUUUGCAGACUUUUACUGAUCAGCUCUUAAGUCUCCGCUUUAGCGGCAGCGAGGUCGCAGAGCCACCGUACAAGCUUACUAGAGCCGGCUUCGAUGAGCUAUAUGAGCUCUGUACCAAGAAGUUGUCCAGAAAGCAGAUGUAUGAGCGUGACUAUGGCGGAAUUUCCCUCAUACACGAAGCCUACCGGGCAGAUUUCAUGGACAUUGCACUCUAUCUCAUGGCGGGAAAGGUUGUCCGCACAGGCAGGAGCUUCAACUAUAUUUCAGGCGUCGCAAAUGCUGCCGUCGGAGGACGGUCUGUCGGCUCUGAUGACAGUAGGCGCCGCACCAUUUUCGCAUUUGCGGAGCAAAACAUGGACCCACGAGAGCGCAACCGCAUGUACGGGAUUCUCAUCGCUCCUAUUUUCAGUAAGCUCUUCCACGACGUUAUCAUUGGCGGCACAGAGGCAGAGAUAGUUGAGUUUCUUCUCCAUAGGGUCGAUCUAGAGGACAUAUGUGGGCUAGCUGCUAGAGUCCCCAACGUUCACGGAAACAUGAUCCGAGGCUUCUGUAACACAUGCACAAUGAUGCUCCCGUACAUCUCAAGCGCCUACAUUACAACUGCGUAUUUGCACGUGGUGCUCAUUCUCGCUACUUUCUGGUUCUUUGACCUGGAUGCGCAUACACACUUGACAGAUUGGUACAAUAGCUCUUUGGAUACCUAUCGUGCAGAUGCCGUCGCACGGAAUGAGGCCAAGAAAAUCCCCCACCAAGGGGUGGACAUCGACGGCAUCGAGAUUGAUCUUAUCAGAAGCACCAUUCUCCGUACGAUCAGAACCUUUAUCACUUGCUGUCUUGAAAUUACAGACUCAGAGGCACGCCUCCAGGAGAUAUUCAACACCGGUGCUCGACAGAGCACUCUGACCUUUUUCAAGGUAGUUUAUACGCUGAUCAGUAAGUUCCACAUUAAGAAUGAGUCAGAGCCGUGCUCCAAUAGCCUGGUUAGGAUGUAUACUGUCCUAUCUAGAUAUCCUCUUAGAGUCGAGCGUUACAUGCAAUGGAAUUACUUGUUUAUAGACGACCUUCUAGUCCACUUGCGCCCUCAUCCUAAGCAGAGCUUAACGAUCCUGCGAGUUUUCACUACGUUGGCCACCGCAUUGUUGGACAGCUGCACGCAGACUCUCGAUACGCCUGAGUAUACCCUUCUUUUGGAGAAGCUUCCAAGUAUUAAGAAGGAAUUUACAGAACGGUUGCUCCUUUGUUUACGAAAAAGGCUUUCUACAAAGUACUUUAGAGAAUUCACAAUAGGAUAUACCAUGCCUGAGAACCUGGUGUCGUCUCUCUGCCGUGAAUCUUUGGCCACUGUUCAUACAUUGCUUUUGUGCGAUGCAGAGAGCAAGCGGUUCAAUGUCAUCACUCCUAUCAUCGAGGAGCUUUGCGAAAUUUUCCAUUACGCCCUUAACGCCGACAGCACAGAAGUUUCAGGUGCAAUCCUUAGAUUUUAUGAAUUUGCUUCUCCUCUGUGCACGCACAAUCUUCUCCUUCCUCUUGUUAUGAAGAAUAAGCUUGUGGAUGCCAGACCAGUCCUUGCCAAGCUCUUUCGGUGUUACGGAACCGUGGAGGCCAUAGAAUCCCUAAAUAUCCCUUCAGAAGUAUACUCAAAAGCCAGCACCCUCUCCCUUCGAGACCAUGCAGAGAUAUACACCUUGCUUUACAAGCUCGGGAUACCCCAUAACGAAUCGCGACUGGAGAGCAUCCAACACCUCUCCGCCUACCUGUGCCACUCAAAAAUGGCCUUAGGGAUGGCUCUUCAUUUCCUUACCGAGGGGUCUGAUGCAGAGCGCAGUGCGGCAUCGACACUGCUUCGUACGUUCACCUUAAAACCUCCAGCAGAAGACUCUGAGCAUAGAGACUCGUGGAGGGCCGCACAGGUGCUGCUCUUGAAUUACGUACAUGCUUAUAUAAGUCAGACCGUCGCACAUAGCACGCAGCUUGAUAGCAAGCGGAGGAGAGGGCGUUCAGAGCUCCUGUCGUUUAUGCAGGUUUAUGCAGGAUAUGGUGCUGACAGAAGGCUUCUCUGUGAUGUGCGUGAGAUGCUUAGUGCCGAAGACUUGGCCGUUCUUUUGGAUGAAGAGUUCAACUUCGAUCGUGAAUUGGACUCGGCUGCCCAGUGGUCUAUGCCAUCAUUAAGGUGUUUGGCCAAUGCAGCACGCCCUGAUUAUCUCUGCGUUUAUCAGCUGACUGAUUUUGUCAGGUUGGCAGAUGCUUCUGCGUCCGCUCGCAUAAGCGCAUUCGGCAAUGUAUUUUCAUUUCUGUGCAAUACGUUAUUAGGCAGACUCAUUAUGAGCAACGCAUUUGGCUGUCGAUUAAAUCAGAACAUUAUUACAAACAUCCUCAUCCCCAUAUCUCUGCAAGAGUGUCUUAUUGCUAAUGACGACAAGUUGGAUACCAUGUUUUUGAAUUUUCUGGCUGCUUGUGGCCUUUAUCUAGACUGGGCACGCUAUAGGACAGUUCUUCUCUACCUUCUCGGCCAGGUCAACAGUUCACCCAACGAGGGCAGGCUCAUACAGGCUCUGAACUCGCUUCUCGACAACUUCCGAUUUAUCACAGCUUCAAAGAAUUCUUCAGCUACUCAAAAUGAAAGCUUUGACAGCGAUGAUACUGAAUCGUCGAACGAGUCUGAGCUGGAGGUCUCCAGUGAUAGCGGUGAUACGAGCAUUGCAGAUGAUGCUAGAGAUGGGUCAGGAAAUCACCCUUCACUUAACCUUCUCAGUGCACCUAACACAUCACUCACCGUCGGCUUUGACACUUCAUCCAAAGAAAAUGGUCCUGACGCAGAGCAGGAAAACCAGGAGUUUGAAAAAGCACUUAGUGGGAUGCGAACAGCUAGUUAUAUUAGGAAGAACGACCUCGUCAUUGCCACAGCUAUAGAAAAGACUCAGAAGGAUCAGUCAGAAGCAGUAGAGAGCAGCCCAGAUCCUCUCCAGCUACUCUUCAAUUCCAUCACUGAUUACGCGCCUGCGCAGGUUCUAUCGCAUGUUUCCCGCAUUUUCAUACCACAAGUGCAAAGAUAUAUCAAUAGGCGGCUGGGAACAACGCAGAAUCGGUACCUGUUAGCAACAACGCUUAGUAAGCUUAUCGCAAAACUUCCAUGGGAGCAGCGGCAGCGGCGGCUUAACCAUCUGGUCAUAGUUAUUCUGAAGGAUCUUGCCUCAACAGACCAGGAUGCUCGUGCAGCAUGCAGACGAUGUUUGUCGCACAUAUCAAUGUUGCUGGGGCCAAGAAACUUGGGCACAAUUUUACUCUCAAUAAGAACGCAUUGCGCAAAGGAGUUUAUUGGUGUGCACCUAGCUGCAUACGUGUACUACGAAAUCCUCGAGCACGUGAUCAUGGUUCCUCAUAGGACGCUUCUUGCCGUCAUCCAGAAUCCCUCCAUUAUUCUCAAGCUCCCAUAUGUGGAUACAUCUAGUUGCAACGUCUCUCCUCUACCAGAUGCUAUAACCCCAAUCAGUUUGCGGCAAGUCAUUGCAGUUCUUGUACGAGACAUGUUUAGUGCGCAGGCUCAAGAACAGAAGGCCCGCUCGCUACUAAGCAUCAAGCACAUUGAGGUGGGUGAGUCUCGCUCUGCAGAUAUAAUUCGACUGACUGCAGCAUCUCUGUCCUUCUCUAACAUCACCCAAACCGUCUUCUUCAUUGAGCCUCUGUUCAGGGGCUGUGCCUACUCUUUUUCGUCAACCCAGCAGGAUGCAAUUGUACACUCCUUACUGGCUGGCUGGUUCGUUAACUCUACCGUUACAGAAGACGCUCUUCUGGAGUUUGUCCACUAUAUGAUGUCCCCCAAAUGUUUCUAUCACGCUUUGAUACCUCAGAUUGUUGACGCGUGCAACAAGCUUACCAAGCAGGAGAAGAUCAUCAACGCUAGAGUCGAAGAGGAUGACUUACGGAGAGCGCGGGCAAUAACAGAUAUCAGAAACGAGCACUUGCUUCUUGAGCCGUCUCCUAAGAGGCUCUACCAGGGGAUCGGUUCCAUUUCUGGAGGCUUCAGCGGAGUUGGCUCAAGUUACGAUACAACGGUGCCCCACAAGCUAGUGGGCGCGCUUCUACGUCAUGGAAUUGAGAAGCACUAUGGCGACCCAUAUGUUCAUGAAUACAUGCCUUACUUCGCUGCUAUUGCUAGUGGAACAGAGGAGUCAGUUCAUGCCCUUCCGCAUGCUGCUCAGGACCCCAUUGCUACCCUUCCUCCACCGGCUCUUCGUGCGCCCACUAUUUCCGCUGAAAGAUAUCCUGAGAUUGCCGACUAUGUGCUUCUCAUGCUCAGCUCUCGAGCGGCCUUCUGCCGCGCUAGUGGAUUCCAUUCCCUUGCCGCUAUGAUGCCCAAUUAUCCAACAGUACGCACCAAGCUUAUUGCCUCCGAGUGUUGCAAGGCCCUUUAUCGAACAUCGGACAGGCAGGAGCUAGAGGCCUGUUUCCGUCUGAUUAACGUGAUUUUGACAAACGACUACGAUCUCUUCUCCACUGAAGAUUAUUCCUUGAUUGUGAAGGUGUCUUCGCUGAUGUUGAAUAAAAGUCUCAAGUCACUGCUAGCCUUUCACAUGAUACAGCUUAUCGUUGAAAAGAAUAUAGAUGUGCCAGAAAUUUAUGAGACAAUGACAUACUUCUGUAAAGUCGCAGCAAUGGUUGAGGGACACGAGCAGACAGCUAGCUUAGUAAAAGCCCUGAGCCACUUCAUUGUCACCUAUGAGAUGACCCAUAAGAAGCGGAUAGUAUAUAUUCGUAACUUGUUAAAGGUGGCAGCAGAGUUUGAAACGAAUGCUGGCCGUCGUGUCGUUCUGGCCUGCCUCCAUGAGGUGUAUCGAGGACUCGACGCAGAGACUCUCAGCGGGUGCGUUGAUAUUUCUGUUGUGUCCUUUGUUGUCACAAUUUCUAACUGCUCGCAACUGGCGGAGGGCUCUGAUCAGGUGGUUUCUGAGGCUAUGCAAACUCUUGCCGUCUUUAUCAAGCGCUGCGAGGAUACUGGCUAUCAGCGCUGCCCCCUCUAUUUCAUUCGCUCCAUCUUGGCGAAUGAGAAGGUGCUGCCCCAGCAGACCAGUGUCCUUAUACUGCUAUCAUGCCUUAGUGAAACUAUUCUGUCGGUAGCUGAUGCCGAAGAUGUCCAGGAGCACGUUGCCGAUGCUUGCAUCUCCGCACUGACCACGUUACUUGAGGUUGUUGUUGACCUGCAAGAUGCGGUUUUUGGAAAGAUGCGUAAAACACGAGAUAAUAUUGAUUUUGUUGCUGCCAGCUUUCGACUGUUUGCCUCGGUUAUUCAGUUGCUAUCUCUGGCACCAGACUUCGAGGCAAAGUAUAACGCGUUAUUCGUUCAGCUACAAGGCUUUUUCGCUGAAGAUACCUAUCGAUCAGUUCUUUUGUCUGCAGCACCGGACUUGCGGUCCAGAAGCCUCACCGUUUGCAACAUCCUUCUUUCUCAUGUGCAAGAGCAGCCUUCUUCUGGAUCUGCAGAAGCGUCUCUAAAGCCCUUUUUAUACCUUAUUGAGCCGUAUAUUCUCAGCAUAGGUGACACGCUUCUAACCAAUUUGGACAAGCAUAGGACCGCCGUGAUUCUUGGCGAUUUGCUCUGCGCAUCCGCCAAGGAUGCUGAUGCCAGCCACUACAAGGUUUUAAAUGCGUUCAGAUUGGUAGACUCUACACUCUUAGAAAUCCCUGCUUCGCAUCCCCAUCUCAAGAUCUCUCUUAUCGGAGCCGUGCUGUGCUUCUUCUCGAAGUUUCAAAAGGAAGACCAGUGCCUUCUUGAGCUCUUGACAAAGGCCUUUAUCCAGACUCUGCUACGCUUGCGUUACUUCCACACCGUUGAGACGGACCCUCGCUAUGAGACUGCAGAGGAAUUUGAGGAGCGAAACCCAGAGGUUCUUCACGAGCGGCAUGUUUGCGACAUUGUGAACAGCACGCUGGAUAAAUUGGAACAGAUAUCUACUGGAACACGGUCGUUUACUGAGCUUCUCAGCGAGUCAGAGCAGGCCGUGGACGCAGAGCCUUUUGAGCCACCUGAAAGGAGGUUUAGAAGACCCGUCAAGAAAAACUCUGUUCUGGAAGCGAUGCUUAAGGUAUCAUACUAUAUUGGUGACAAGGACUAA